AUGUCUGAGGAAUGGGUUCAACUCCAAGCUGAUGAAAUUGAAGCAUUAAAUAGUAUUUUCGAUGAAAAACAAUGGAAACGUGAUGUCGAUGAUAGUCAAAGAACGUAUAUAUUAACAGUUGAUCAUCGACCUGAACGAGCAAUUAGUUUAGAAGUAACAUUUGUUGAUGGUUAUCCAGUAGAUGAACCAAUGAUUUAUAAUAUUCGAGGCCCAUGGUUAAGAGGUGAAGAACGACAACAAUUAACGACUAUGUUGGAAGAUAUUUAUUUAAAUAAUAUUGGUAAACCAAUAGUAUUUUUAUGGGCUGAUGCACUUCGAGAUUUUGUUGACAAAUCACCUACUACUACUGAAACUGAUAAUAUUAAUACAAGUGAACCAAUCGCUGAUCAAUAUGUAUCAUCAAUGGAUAAAAUAGAUGUACCACCUAUAUAUACUGAUGAUUCAUUUGAAGAUCGAAAAAGUGUCUUUCAAGCUCAUUUAAGUCCAGUACAUAGUAAAGAAGAAGUCCAACUUGUUCUUAAUAAAUUGAAAGAGAAUAAAAAAAUUGCAAAUGCUACACAUAAUAUGUAUGCAUAUAGAAUUUGGGAUGAAAAACGUAAUGUUAUUUUAGCAGAUUGUGAAGAUGAUGGAGAAACAGCUGCAUCUAGUCGAAUGCUCCAUUUAAUGGAUAUUGCUGAUGUCAGAAAUGUAUUAGUUGUUGUUUCAAGAUGGUUUGGUGGUAUUCUUUUGCAAAAUGAUCGAUUUAAACAUAUUAAUAAUGCAUGUCGAAUGAUUCUAGUCAAACAUGGUUAUAUAAAAAAAGUAAGAAAUAUAUUGAAAUUUUCUUCAUAA